AACAUUCAGCACUUGUCCACGUUAAAUGUCAUGAGUUAGGUGCCCAAUUGUAAUUACCCUUGAUGCCGUUUAUGUAACGUGCAUUUUAAACCAUACUGUACAUGGGAGGGAUUACUGUCCAACAUUAUCAAGAACAUAAAUGCAUUUUUUUAAUGGAGAAGGGAUUCCUGGUUCACAUUGCAGCGUAAGGAUUCGAUAGAGUCGAGGAUACUAUGAGCAAACCAAACACUGGUGGACUUGACCGGUCCCUGAAGAUGAAUCCGUGAUGUACAGUAGAAUCUGUUGAUGAUGUGGAAUGAGCUGCCACCCCUGGAGAGCAGCCGUGCUGACUUGGUUCAUAGUGGGUUUUUACCACGCCGUCUCCGAAGCGUGGCAUCUCAAAGUUUUAACGCCAUAGCAGUGUAGAGUCCCUGUAACUACUCCGUGUUGUACGCAUGUCUGGAGGAUUAACGUGUGGAUUCCAAAUUUGUACAUUAUAUUACCACUGAACUCUUUUUGAGAUGCGCUAAAUGGUUUUCAUUGAUCGUUUCAUUCAAGAGGUUCAAUAGUUUUCAUUCAGGAAUGUGUUUUUUUUUUAAUUUAGGCGGAUUCGUCAAUUUAACGACUUCUCGUCGCAUCAAUAAGGAAUUGCUCAAUUGCUCAAAUUGAAAACCUUCGUACUGUACCUACUGCCCCACAUUCCCACAAUGUCUGUGACCCUCCGCACAAGUGCCGCACGUUUCCAAAAGCGCAUGUGCUGAUCUCGGAAGCUGCGGCCACAAUGUUUGUGUGCAAAGGCGUUCAGCGAUUGAAUUUCACCCGUCAGCUCCGCCAGUUUCAGCCAGCUCCGUCGGUCCUCCGUGGAAGGGCAUACUCGGAAAAUGGCUCUCAUAAACACAAAGCAAGUUCUGCAUGCGAAGAGUCUAAUCAUUUGAUAUUUACUGAGGAGCAUUUCGCCUUGAAGGAGUCUCUGAGAAAGAUCAUUGAUAAAGAGAUCAACCCUUUUGUUGAUGAAUGGGAAGAGGCAGGACAAUUCCCAGCCCACAGGGUGUUUAAGAUUCUUGGCAGUGCUGGUUUCCUGGGGGUCAACAAGCCAACAGAGUAUGGAGGACUGGGCCUGGACUUCAGCUACAGCGUUGCGGUGGCUGAGGAGCUGGGAAAUAUUCGUUGUGGAGGGAUCCCCAUGGCUAUAGGAGUUCAGUCUGACAUGGCAACACCAGCACUGGCAAGAUUUGGCUCUGCGGAGCUGAAAAAGGAGUUUCUCACGCCAACUAUAAUGGGAGAUAAAGUGGUUUGCCUUGGUGUGAGUGAAGCCGGUGCUGGCUCGGAUGUUGCAAGCAUCAAGACUAAAGCUGUGAGGAAGGGUGAUGACUAUAUAAUAAAUGGCAGCAAGAUGUGGACUACAAAUGGGACACAAGCUGACUGGAUGUGUCUUCUGGCAAACACCAGUGAUGGGCCACCCCACAGAAACAAGUCCCUGAUCUGUCUGCCAAUGAAAUUGCCUGGGGUUCACAUAGCUAGAAAAAUCGAGAAAAUUGGAAUGAAGUCGUCAGACACAGCUGAGGUCUUUUUUGAGGAUGUCUGCGUUCCUUGCAAGUACCUCAUUGGGGAGGAAGGGAUGGGGUUCACAUAUCAGAUGCUCCAGUUCCAGGAGGAGCGAAUGUGGGGAGUGGCCAACAUUUUGACUUCAAUGCAGAAUGUCAUUCAGGAAACCAUCGAAUACACCAAGCAGCGCAAGAUUUUCGGCCAGCCCGUCCUGCACCACCAGACAGUCCAUUUCCGCUUGGCGGAGCUGCAGACGGAGGUGGAGCUGCUGCGCUCUCUGCUCUACCGUGCGACAGAUCUUUAUGUGAAGGGCAAUGAUGUCACCAAACUGGCAUCUAUGGCAAAACUCAAAGGAGGUCGUUUGGCUCGUACUCUGAGCGACAGUUGCCUGCAGUUCUGGGGGGGAAUGGGAUACACCAAUGAUGUUUUGGUCAGCAGAUUUUACAGAGACGCCAGACUGAUGUCUAUAGGAGCCGGAGCAGAUGAGGUCAUGCUGUCCAUUAUAUGCAAGUACAUGGACACCCUUCCAAACAAGAAAUGAGUUCGGUCAGCAGGAACUACCUUCAUUAACAGUACCUCCAAUGAUCUCCUUUGAGAAAAAAUGUACUUUUGUAUAAUGAAUGCAGAAAUGUACGGAAUAAAAUUAAGAUGCAUUGAUAAGCGGACAGUAAUGUUUACUCAUAUUUAAUAUCAAGAAAGGAAUGGGAUUCGUUAGAAAGAUUAGUUAGAAAAAUAUUGUUUAAACUGUGCCUUAAUUUGUCCACUUAUCUUGCAUUUAUAUUAAUACAAUAAACUUCUAAACCCAAAGGUUUUGUUUAUUAUUCAUUUACAAUUUUCAAACUAUUCAGAUAAUUUAAUUACCUGGGAAAUAGAAAGUCAACAUAUCCCUUUGAAACGCCUAUUGCAAAUCAACAUUCCUAUUUGCAAAAUAAUACUUUAUGUACCUCCCCACAAAUUAUUUUAUGCACUGCAAAACAACAGGAAUUCAUUUUUUUAUUUCUAGAAUGCCAUACAUAUAAAUAGAAACUAUACUUAUUAUUUACAUUUCCUAAAUCAUUUAUUAUUGAAUACAGAAUAACAGAACUAUUUUAGAAGUUGGUGAAAUAGAUCAUCUGUGUCUUUAGGCACAGUAAUAUCAUUUUAAAUCUUAUUUAGGCUCUUUUAUUAGGCUCCUCGGUGUUGAGAAUGUGUUUACAGGUUUUAUAUAAAUGGGUAUGUAACACAAGGCUUGAUAAGACCUUGACCUCAUAAAAAAAAAA